CAAACCUCUUUCUCUCUCCUCCUCCUUCUUCGUUGUUUUAUCCAAGAUUUCAAACUUCCCUUUUUUGACACUUUACUCUUUCUCUCUCAUAAACUCUCUCUAAUUGCACCGUUUUACAAUUUCAUUUACUUCAUUGGUUCAGUUUCUGCUCUUUCUCUGUCUACCCCUGUUUCUUUAACAACCUCAUAAUCUUCCAAUUUCUUCAAAUUUCAUCAUUGCAUUACAAUUCCUCUGUUCUCUCCCUCCUAAAUAAUCAAUGGGUGCUUCUGGGAAGUGGGUGAAAACCCUCAUUGGCUUCAAAAAACCAGAAAAAGACGAUUCUCUUGAAAAAUCAGGGAAAGGGAAGAAAUGGAAGCUAUGGAGGAGCCCAUCAGGAGACUUGAAUACUUGGAAAGGGUUUAAGGGUCGUCAUAAGACGGCUGCUUCCGAGGGUUCGGAUUCUCCAUGUCGAAAUGAUGCGUUUAAUGCUGCUGUUGCUACUGUUGUUAGAGCUCCUCCAAAGGAUUUCCGAGUUGUGAGGAAAGAAUGGGCUGCUAUUCGUAUUCAAACCGCUUUCCGUGGAUUUUUGGCAAGAAGGGCCUUGAAGGCAUUGAAGGGAAUAGUGAGGCUGCAAGCUCUAGUCAGAGGGCGACAAGUCCGGAAGCAAGCUGCCGUGACACUGAGGUGUAUGCAGGCAUUGGUUCGGGUUCAGGCUCGGGUUAGAGCUCGCCGUGUUAGGAUGUCCAUUGAAGGGCAGGCUGUACAACACUUGAUUGAUGAACGCCGUACCAAGACUGAAAUCUUGAAAGAAGCUGAGGAAGGAUGGUGUGACAGUAAAUGUACAUUGGAUGAAGUGAAAACAAAGUUGCAAAUGAGGCAAGAAGGAGCUUUUAAAAGAGAAAGAGCCCUUGCUUAUGCUCUUGCUCAAAAGCAAUUGAGGUCAUCACCCUUUUCAGGGUUCAAAACAACUUUCUCCACCUCCUCCCUGAAGAAUUACGAAAUCGACAAGAACAGUUGGAGUUGGUUAGAACGGUGGAUGGCAGCAAAACCAUGGGAAAACAGACUGAUAAUGGAAGAAGUUAAUAGUACAGUACCUGAGGUGAAAACCCCACCUCCAAAAACCUUUGUGAAUUCUUUCAAAGAAACUUACCCCAAAUCUUCUGAACUUCAUCAUUGCCAAGUGAAAGUCAGAAAGAACAAUAUGACAACAAGAAUCUCAGCUAAACCACCCUUUAUGGUUCACUCUUCAUCUAGCCCAAGUUCAGAGUUUCCCUAUGAUGAGAGCUCAGCUUCCUCCUCAAUGUGCACCUCCACUACUCCUAUUUCUGGGACUGAGGAGAGUGGUGGGAAUAAUAAUGCUAACCAUAGCAGCAAGCCAAGUUACAUGAAUCUCACUGAAUCUACUAAAGCUAAGAGGAGAACUCAAAGAGUUCAAAUGCAGUCAAUGGAUGAGUUUCAGUUUGCAAAGAAACUUGCUGGGUUUUCAAAUGGUGAUUCUAAGAGUAGCGCGGGUUCUGAUCCUCCUUCCGUUAAUUUCUCUAGGCCAUUGAAUCUGCCUACUAGUCGAUUGGAGAAGAACAUGAUGAGGCCAAGGGAAAGAGAGAACUACUUGUACAACAACUGAAGUUAAGGUUAUUGUUUUCAUCCUGUUUGUUAAGGCAACAGCUUGUUGUUCUUGUAAGUCAAAAAAACUUGAAGAACCCCCUUUAAGCUUUGGUGUUCCUGUGUUUUUUGUGAUCCAAGUAGUGCAAAUUGUAACUGGAGUAUUAUUUUUGUUCUUAUUUGCAAUGUAAUGUUGUAGAAAGUAAGUCUUGGAUGUUGUAAUGUAAAAUAAGUAGUUUUGCACUUCAUUGCAGUAAAUGAAUUUGUUUUGUUUCAGUACCA